AUGGACGUUGCGGCUGAGUGGCUUUGUGUGGUGUACGCCACUGAACAGCGCGACUUACAGCUGAUGAUCUCCGUGACUUGGGGCCCCGUUCCAGGUUCCAGGUCGAGUCGAGUUGAGUUGUUGGUUGGAGGCCGGAGGGGCUCUGCUAGAGUCAUUCCGGUCUCCAGGCCGGCCUUGCUGCGAAGUAGUCGUUCUUCUUCUCGCAACUAUUUCUGCUCCAAGGAAGCCAGCUUCCGUCCACCUGCAGAGCUUCCAACCACCAUGGCCCCUCGCACAGACUUCCCGCCCGUGAGGGCCUGCCUCUUCGACAUGGACGGCCUGCUGCUGGACACCGAAGACAUCUACACCCUCUGCAUCAACCUCCUCCUCGAGAAGUACGACCGCCCCAACCUGCCCUGGUCCAUCAAGGCCCAGCUCCAGGGCCGCCCCUUUCCCCAGGCCAACGCCAUCUUCCACGAGUGGGCCCAGCUGCCCGUCCCCCAGGACGACUACAACAAGCAGAUCCAGGACCUGCAGUCGCAGCACUUUCCGACCACCAAGCCCCUGCCCGGCGUCGAGAAGCUGCUGUCCGACCUCGGCCGCACGCGCUGGUGGGACCUGUCCGCCAGCGACGGCAAGACCCCCGGCGACCGGACCGCGAGGCCGCACCGCGUCCACAUCGCCCUGGCCACCAGCAGCCACAGCAAGAACUUCCAGAUCAAGACGGCCCACCUGACCGAGCUGUUCUCCGUCUUCGAGACCCCGCGCCGCGUGCUCGGCGACGACCAGCGCGUCGCCCCCGGCCGCGGCAAGCCCCUGCCCGAUAUCUAUCUGCUGGCCCUGCAGACCAUCAACGACAGCCUGCCCGCCGGCGAGAAGCCCAUCACGCCCGAGGAGUGCCUCGUCUUCGAGGACAGCGUCCCCGGCGUCGAGGCCGGCCGCCGCGCCGGCAUGCGCGUCGUGUGGUGCCCCCACCCCAUGCUGAAGCAGGAGUACGCUGGGCGCGAGGCCGAGAUCCUCGCCGGGCGCAUGGGCGCCGCUGGGGAGGCCGUCGAUGUGCACCAGCUCGGCGAGAUUGGCGACGGCUGGGCCGACUACUACCAGGACCUGCAAAACUUCCCGUACGAGAAGUACGGCAUGGCGAUCCCCCCUGCCGAGACGGAGCUGGAGCCCGCUAUGCAGGAGGAUUUGAGCCAGAGGAUUGUUGCUGAAUCCGCUGAGCAAUAG